AUUAGUUAUUCAGAAUAGUAAUAACAUGAUAUUGUUAAUAUAAUAUUUAGAGUAAAAAUGGAGAAUUGGAAAUUGAUUACUUUUUUGUUGAUAAUUUUCUGUUUAAUAUUUAACGAAGCAAAUGAAAAUAGAUAUUCAGAUGACCAAAAUAUAUGCCCAUUUGAAAAAGGUACGACGAGAUAUGCUGCUGCAAAUGGUGAUUUAGAUACAUUAAAAUUGGCACAUGAGAGUGGAUGUGAUUGGGAUGAAUAUACACUUACUGGAGCUGCUGUGAAUGGGCAAUUAGAAUGCUUAAUAUAUGCACAUAAAAAUGGCUGUAAAUGGGAUAAACAUACAACAAAGGCUGCUGCUGAAAAUGGGCAUUUAGAGUGUUUAAAAUAUGCACACGAAAACGGAUGUCUAUGGGAUGAAAAUACAACAAGAGUUGCUGCUGCAAAUGGGCAUUUAGAAUGCUUAAUAUAUGCACAUGAAAAUGAGUGUCCAUGGGAUGAAACGACAACAGAAGCAGCUGCAAAUUAUGGUAAUUUAGAAAACUUAAAAUAUAUCAAAGUAAAUGGAUGUAAAUGGGAUGAAAGGACAACAAGGGCUGCUGCUGUAAAUGGACAUUUAGAAUGCUUAAUAUAUGCACAUGAAAAUAAAUGUCCAUGGGAUGAAAGGACAAUAAGGGCUGCUGCUGCAAAUGGACAUUUAGAAUGCUUAAUAUAUGCACAUAAAAACGGAUGUCCAUGGGAUGAAAGGACAACAGAAGCAGCUUCAAAAUAUGGUAAUUUAGAAAACUUAAAAUAUAUUAAAGAAAAUGGAUGUAAAUGGGAUGAAAGGACAACAAGGGCUGCUGCUGUAAAUGGACAUUUAGAAUGCUUAAUAUAUGCACAUGAAAAUAAAUGUCCAUGGGAUGAAAGGACAAUAAGGGCUGCUGCUGCAAAUGGACAUUUAGAAUGCUUAAUAUAUGCACAUAAAAACGGAUGUCCAUGGGAUGAAAGGACAACAGAAGCAGCUUCAAAAUAUGGUAAUUUAGAAAACUUAAAAUAUAUUAAAGAAAAUGGAUGUAAAUGGGAUGAAAGGACAACAAGGGCUGCUGCUGUAAAUGGACAUUUAGAAUGCUUAAUAUAUGCACAUGAAAAUAAAUGUCCAUGGGAUGAAAGGACAAUAAGGGCUGCUGCUGCAAAUGGACAUUUAGAAUGCUUAAUAUAUGCACAUAAAAACGGAUGUCCAUGGGAUGAAAGGACAACAGAAGCAGCUUCAAAAUAUGGUAAUUUAGAAAACUUAAAAUAUAUUAAAGAAAAUGGAUGUAAAUGGGAUGAAAGGACAACAAGGGCUGCUGCUGUAAAUGGACAUUUAGAAUGCUUAAUAUAUGCACAUGAAAAUAAAUGUCCAUGGGAUGAAAGGACAACAGAAGCAGCUGCAAAAUAUGGUAAUUUAGAAAAUUUAAAAUAUAUUAAAGAAAAUGGAUGUAAAUGGGAUGAGAAAACAACAAGAGCUGCUGCUGGAAAAGGGCAUUUAGAAUGUUUAAUAUAUGCACAUAAAAAUGGAUGUCCGUGGGAUGAUAAAACAACAAGGGCGGCUGCUGCAUUUGGGCAUUUAGAGUGUUUAAAAUAUGCACACGAAAACGGAUGUCCAUGGGAUGAAUAUACACCAAGGAGAGCUACUUUUAAAGGUUCUUUAGUUUGUUUAAAAUAUGCACACGAAAACGGAUGUCCAUGGGAUGAAAAUACAACAAGAGUUGCUGCUGCAAAUGGGCAUUUAGAAUGCUUAAUAUAUGCACAUGAAAAUAAAUGUCCAUGGGAUGAAAGGACAACAGAAGCAGCUGCAAAUGAUGGUAAUUUAGAAAUCUUAAAAUAUGCUCAUGAAAAUGGAUGUAAAUGGAAUGAGAUGACAACCAUGGUUGCUGCUGAAACUAAUAGUUUGGAAUGUUUACAAUACGCACACGAAAAUGAAUGUCCAUGGGAUGAAAAAACAACAUGGGCUGCCGCUGAAAAUGGGCAUUUAGAAUGCUUAAGAUAUGCACAUGAUAAUGGAUGUCCAUGGGAUGAAAGGACAACAGAAGCAGCUGCAAAUUAUGGUAAUUUAGUAAACUUGAAAUAUGUUAAAGAAAAUGGAUGUAAAUGGGAUGAAAAAACAACAAGGGCUGCUGCAAUGGGACACUUGGAAUGUUUAAUAUAUGCACAUGAAAACGGAUGUCCAUGGAAUGAAAGCACAACUAGAUAUGCUGCUGCCUGUGGUUGUGUCGACUGUUUAAUUUAUGCUCAUAAAAAUGGAAGCAAUUGGGAUGAAGGUACAAUAAUUGCAGCUGCUAUGCAUGGUAAUUUAGAUUGCUUAAAAUAUGCUUAUAAACAGGGAUAUGGUUGGGUUGAAGGUAUCAUGAGAGUGGCUGCUGCAAAUGGACAUUUAAACUGCCUAAAAUUUGCCAAAGAAAAUGGUUGUGAAUGGGACGAAGGCACAACAAGAGAAGCUGCUGCGAGUGGUUAUAUUAACUGUUUGAUAUUUGCAUAUGAAAAUGGCUGUAAUUGGGAUGAAGGAACGAAAAGUGCAGCCGCUGCAAAUGGUCAUUUAGACUGUCUAAAAUAUGUUCAUGAAAAUGGAUGUAUGUGGGACGAAAAUACAACAAGACUUGCUGCAGCAAAUGGUCAAUUUUAUUGCUUAAAAUAUGCUCAUGAAAAUAAUUGUCCAUGGAGUAGAGAUACCAUAAAUGAAAAUAUUCGAAAUAGUCAUACUGAUAUAGUAAACUAUGCCAUCGAAAAUGGCUGUCCUAUUUAGUUUACUAUUUUAUAUAAAUUUAUGUUGGCUAUAAUUUUUUACAAUUUUUUAAUUAAAUUGUCUUAAGUUUUGAUGGUAUGUAAUUUAAAGACUGCAAUUAGACAUUUUACUUUUUUAUGCAAUCCAUUUUUUUAAAAAUAUCAAAAUCUAAUAUCUUAUAUUAAUAUAUUUUUUUAAUGUUACAAUAAACUUGUUAUCCUGACUUCUACAUGAAAUAAAACAUGGCUAGAUAAGACCUAAUUGAAUUUGCACAUUUUUUUACUUUGAUGGUUUAUUCCUUAAAGUAGAGAAAUCAUGGGAUAGUUUUUUUUUUUAAUAUUGUAGUACACUUUAAGAGCUUUAAUUUGGUAUAAGCUAAAAUAAAGCAGUUGUUCUGUAACAUUUUCAAAAAUCAAGUUGAAAUAAAAUUUUUACAUGCAUGGGUGGUCUUUUUUAAGAACUUUCUUUACUUAGGUUCUUCUUUAGCCUUACAUUAUAAUAUGGUAAGGACAGGCACGUAGCCAGAAAAUGUUUAUUGAAGGCCAACAAUUUUGGGCCCUUGUAUCAUUUUCCAUAAUUUGUUUCCCAUGAAAAGCUUGUGGGGGGGCUUCCUCCACUUCUCAUUAGACAGUAUCCCAUACUAUGAAUCUUACAAGUUCAACAUUUUACCAUUGGUUGGUUAAAAACAAUUUGUUUUCGUAUAAAGUAUAUUAAUUAUUACAGUAUUACAGUAUUAUGAAAAAUGGAUAGUACCUAUAAUUAAAAAAAAAAAAAUACUUUCAUCUUCACUAUCGGGAAGAAUUUUUCAUAUUGUGAAAAAUAAAUAAAAUAAUGAUGUAAACAUAGGCUGGUUUAAUUUUUCA